AUGGACCAUAAGCGCUACCACGUAUUGAUGGCCCAAAUUCCUCUUCGAGUGUAUAACGAGAUCCAGCCGAUAAUCGAGAAUGUACCUGCGACGGAACGGUACGAUUACAUCAAGCGGAACAUCCUUCAGCAUUUCGGGGAAUCCCAGCGUAGCCGCCUUCAUCGUCUCCUAUACGGCAUGGACUUAGGGGACCGCAAGCCCUCCCAGCUGCUAGCUGAAAUGCACCGAGCCUCCAGCGACACGUUGGCCAGUACGCUCCUCACCGACCUUUGGAUCAACAAGCUUCCGCUACAUGUGCAAUCGGCCGUCGUUGCUGCACCCGGAAGUGUAACUGAGAAAGCUGCCGUCGCCGAUACUAUGGUGGAAUGCCUGUCCGCAUCCAACAACACCUGUGUGCACCAUGCCGUAGCCGGGGUGCGCACCACAUCCAACGAUUUCGAGCAACGUAUUUCGCGCCAGGUGGACGAACUCACACAGCAACUUAACGACUUCAUCACAGAGUGUCGUAACCGUGACCAACGCCAAAGUCGGCCGCGCUCACGUCCACCAGUGGCAUCUCGUGUCGGUACAGAACCAUCUGAAGGAGAGUGCUACUACCAUCGACGUUACGGGACAGCCGCCCGGACCUGCCGCCAGCCCUGUUCGUUUCCAGCCCCUGUCAGCCAGCGCGUCGGCCAGCCGUCGUCUUCAGCCUGA